AUGUUACCAAUUAUUGUAGCACAGCUUGGAGACCAGGGUACUAUUAUAAACUCAGAGGAAUUGCCAGUGGCCCCACAAAUCUUCACAGGCCUCCUCACAGCCCUUGUUCCAGGAGCCACCCUGCCUACCAAUCAGGCAAGGGCUACUCCAGAGAUCCAGGACGGAAUCCUUCCCGCAGAACAAGCAGGAAUAAAUCAUGCCAUCCAGCAAACCCCAGAAGGUCACCUCCCAACUUCCAGUGGCACAAAUGAUAUGUUUGGAGUGACCACUCCUGCUGACUUCCAAAGGGACAUGUACACCACUGAGGAAACUACCACUGAAUCACCAAAUGGUAAAUUCUCUGAAGCUGGAAAAUGA